AUGGCAACUAGUAACAGUACAAUAACAAUUGAUGACGGUGAUGAUAAUUCAGCUAAUACUUCUUCAAAUAAAAAAAGAAAAUUUGAAGUAAGUAAAGGUAGACCAAAGGAUAGCUUUGUUUGGAGUUAUAUUGAGGAUCAUGGUGAUUAUAGAAUCUGUAAGAUAAAGGUGAAUGCAUCUUCUGAAAAUCCAGAUGGAGUAACGUGA